AUGGUCUCUUUUUUCAAGAAACCAACCAAAAUUCAAGAAAGUCAGUAUACUUAUGAAUAUCCAAGACACUGGGUAGAGUAUGUAGGAGGUGAGAAAGCUAUUGAAAUCAGACAGGUUCGAAGUAUUCCAGCAGGAAGAACAAUAUUAUUGAAGAACUUUAAUGUUUUGAGGUAUAAUGAUGAAACAAAGAAGCAAGAUAGUUUUCCUGUUGCUGUGUAUGUGAACUUAGAUACAGGAGAUGACAUGAAAGUUUUUAAUACAAAGCUUCAAACGGUAGUGAGAGAACAACUGACUGCGGAAGGACAUCCAUUACCUUCAGAAGUUACCAUAGCAUAUAAUUUUGAAACAAACUCAAUAGAUUUUAAAGUCGUCUCUGCAAAGAAGUCGGGUUUUACAUUUAAUGAAGCAGAUGUAUAUUCGAAUGAAAACUUCAAAGCUAUUGCAUGGUUAGAUAAUGACGAUUGCUUUAAGAAAAUAUUUAAAUUCAGUGACUCAAAGAUGUCAAUAGAUGACCUUCGUGGAAUGUUACCAUCGACGUUUACAGUAGAAGGUUCAGCAGGAUUGCUUACAAGAUUGUCAAUUGGUGGUAUUUGGUCUCGUGAGAACAUUGUUAUAAAAUCCAGUAUAAGUGAAUUUGCUGAAGAAUCUAUAUUAUGUCUUUCAAACUACAUGUAUUCGCCGCCGAAGCAUUAUAGUAUAACAAACUUUGUCAGUAAGUUUAACAUAAGACUUGUCGAACCUUCUUCAAUGAAAGAUGUUGUGCUACCUAAAGAUGGAAAGGAUGGACUCAUUAUUGAGAUGAUUUUAAUAGCAUAUUAA